AUGGAUCCCGCCGCAACUAAAGAGGCCCUAUCAAAGAAAGCAUCAGCCGCCGCUAGGAAGCCCGACCACUCAAGCUCGGCGGAUGGGAAGUUUGAUUGGUAUCAUUGGUUCAAGACAUUGGAACUAAAAUUGAAGGCGUAUAGAACCUUAAAGAGGUCUGCCACGCAAACAACCCCAUUCGCCCUCACCUAUGGCCAUGAUGCCGUCUUGCCACUUAAGAUUUCGAUUAAGUCUCUAAGGGUGGUCCGCCAUGCCGAAUGGAGUGAGGACGAAUACGAGCAAGCCAUGGCACAAGAGUUAGAUGACCUUGACGAGGUCAGAUUGGGCGUUUUAGAUAGAUUGAAGGCCCAAAAAGAGGCCGUGGCUCGAGCGUACGAUAAGAAGAACAAGGCCAAGAGUUUUGGGGCCGGAGAUCUUGUAUGGAAGACCAUUCUUCUGGUGGGAUCAAAGGAUCCAAAAUUUGGCAAGUGGUCUCCAACUUGGGAAGGCCCAUUUCUCGUCCACCAAGUGUUAGGAAAGGGGGCGUACAAGUUAAGUGACCAAAAUGGUCAGGUCCAUGAUGCGUCGAUCAAUGGUCGAUUUUUGAAAAAAUAUUACCCAACCGUUUGGGAAAUGGCGGAGAGAUAA